AUGCGAAUAGCUCCACUUGCUCUCGCCUUUCGUGAUGCAUCUGAUGAACAACUCUAUGAAGCAGUUCGUAUGGCUAUUAUCUCUUCACAUGUACAUCCUGAAGGUAUAGAUGGAGCAUUUAUUUUGGCUAAAGCAAUUAUCUUAGCUCUUCAUUGUGAAUCAGUUGAUGUUUUCGAUUCAUCUGAAUAUCUCAACAUUCUACAAAAGACAGCACGAACAAAUGAUAUGCAGACUCAGCUUACAAAGUUGAUUGCACUCUAUAACAAGCAGUAUGGUACAACUGGUACGAAUCGAACAAAAAGAACAGAUUAUGAAGUAGUACGAUAUUUCGGCAGCAGUUUUCAAAUCAAAGCAAUUGAAGCAAUCCCAUGCGCUCUAUGGAUUGUAUGCACGAGUUAUCGUGAACCAGAAGAGUGUCUUGUUCGUAAUGUAAACAUGGGUGGUGACACUGAUACCGUGGCAGCAAUUAUCGGAGAUAUUGUUGGUGCUUUGCAUGGCUGGCAAUGGAUUCCUUCUCGAUGGUACGAUAAUAUAGGACCGAAUUCCGACGAGAAUUUGGGUAGAGGAAAAGACUAUGCCGUUGAUUUAGCCAAGAAACUAGCCGAAAUAAAUUUGAAUCAUAUACUAGAUGACGAUGAUUAA